AUUAGCUCCCAAUUCGGAUCUUAGACUCUCUACACAGCGUAAGUUAUUUUGAAGGGUAAGCAUAUUACAGAUUUUGCUAUAUGAUUUCUUUUUCGUUGUCCAACUCAAAGUUUUUUAUUCAGCUGUUUUAUUUGACAGAUUUUGUUCCUCGUGGCACUCUAAAAAAAGCUUUUAAUCAGCUUUAUCACGGUGAUAGCCUGGAAAAUUUUGUCCACUGUGCAGCUUUGCAGUCUUCGUUAUGUUUCUGACAAGAUCAGAGUACGACAGGUUGGUAAUUUUGCAAGGACCUCGAAAAAAUAUAUGGCACUUUUUGUAGGUAACUUAACUUAUAUAAAGAUUUGUAACGUUUGGUAAACUAAUUAUUUUUACGCUUGCAUGUAUUAUCCUAUUAGAGGAGUUAACACUUUCUCGCCGGAAGGACGGCUUUUUCAAGUGGAAUAUGCCAUAGAAGCUAUCAAAGUAAGUCAUGAUCAGUCAUUUUAUCACUCUUGAUUAUCAAGAGUCGUCACAUCUGAUUUCUCCUUACAUGACAGUUGUAUUAAGUAGUAUGGCUCAUAUCACAGUAAAUGGUAUUUUGCAUGGUAUGUUAUCCCUGGCUCUUUUUUAUCUACUAAUUCUUGGUUUGCAACCACGUGACAAGGCGGCCAUGUUGGGGGUCAAUACAAUAGAACUUUUUCUCAAAGAAUUUACAUGAAAAUGGAGUUUAGUUCCCAGAGGAGAGAAAUGCUUUUGUUCUUGACCACCAACAUGGCUGCCGUGACGUCACGUGUAAACCAGCAAUAAUGUUAAAGCCAAGGGGAAAAGUAACACAUAAAGUUUACCUUAGCAUGGCCAGCUGUUUUCUUGGGGCAGUCAAACCUUCAGAGGAGAGACCAUUCUUCCUUCUUAUUCCUUCCUUUAGUCUCCCUCACAGCAAUUUUUGUCUUGUCAUGCAAUGCUUCUCCCCAAAAACGGCUGCAAGGGAGACGAGCCGUCCUUUGGAUUUUCCACAAAUAAAUUUUCCUUCACUACUCCAACAAAACUACCAGCUAUGCAAGCUAAGUCAGAGAAAAUUACCCUGUCUGUCAACUAGCUUGAGAAAACAGCUGAUAAUUUGGAAUGCACUGGCAGGGCGGUCAACCCCACACGUCUUCAAAUAUUGAGAAUUGAUGGGGAAGGGGUAAUAGAUGGCGUCAUAAUACAUGGCACAUGACGUUAUUUGUAAAAAAAAAAAAUGCGCGAAAGAGAUGUUGUUGGAAUCGUAUAUGUAACACUUGACCUAAUUGGUUUACUUCCCACCAAUCACAUUAUUGCUUAUAUUACAAUGACAUACCGGAGUUUGUGAGGAAACGUUUGAUUUUAACAGUAAAAUAGCUGAAAAAACGCAAAAUUGUUGUCGAAUCUACAAGAAAUGGCAAACUUCGGCGAUUAUCCAGGAGAUUUCAGACUCUAAUCUGGAGAUGAGGAGAAAUGGUUCAAAACCUGGAGUCUCCCGGAUUAUCUGGGAGAGUUGACAGCCCUGCACCGGUUUCUCAUGGAAAUGACAACUGAGGAAUGAGUGCAGAAUUUUCAUACUGUUGAUAAUUUGCACCACUGGUUAGUUCUUCUGAUUGGUUAAAUAGUUGCUUGGAAUUUCUGGGCUCCUCUCUUAGGUGUCAUUUUUUCAGGGAAACCAGUGACAUUGUGGCAUUGAUGGCUCUCAUGUUACCUGCCUACACUGCAUCAUUAUACGUUUCUGGGAAACUGCCCACCUACCCCUCCCCUAAGCUAACAUUAACACUUACUUCUCACUUAGGACAAAAUGUCAGCUUAGGGGAGGGGUAGGUGGGCAGUUUCCCAGAAAGGUAUGAUGAUCCCCCACACCUUGGAGCUUGACAUUAAUGGCAUUAUUAUUCUCAAGUUUUACAUGUAUUGCAUUUUUACCACAUGGCGGUAAGGAAAACAAAAAAAUUUUAAAAAUUUUAAUGAUGUCAAAUGUUUUUUGAAUCUAAGCACAAACAUAGUACCUCUUUUUGUAGAGUUUCAGUCGCUACAAAAUGUACAAUUUCUUGCUGAUAAUCAGAUUUGGUGUUUCAGCUUGGAUCAACUGCGAUUGGUAUACAAACAUCAGAAGGUGUAGUUCUUGCUGUUGAAAAACGAAUUACCUCUCCACUCAUGGAGCCAAACAGUGUUGAGAAGAUUGUGGAAAUAGACAGUCAUAUAGGUAUUACAACAUCUUGCAAUUUUAUGUUAUAAAUACAUCAAUUAAGUGGAACCUCCCAUGAGCGAUCACCCAAAAAUGCUAAGAUCUAGUUGUCUGUUAAAAAAGAGGUCAUAUAAAAGAGUUAAACCACAAGGGGUCUUUUCUUUUGACAAGUCUGGCACAGUUUAGUCUUCUUCGCAGCCAUUUUUAGGGUCGUCACACAAUGCUCCUUCCCACAAAGCAUUGUGUGACGACCCUGAAAAUGGCUGUGAAGGAGACUAGGCACAGAUCUGUUUGGGGAUUUAUUGCAUACAGUUUUUUAAAUUACAAUAUGUAGCAGUGACAUGGUGAAAAUAAAAGCUUUUUUACUUUGAGUUUUGUGGUAUAUAUGGUGAUAAAGCCAAGGUUAUGCUCCAGAAAAUGGUUGUAAAGGAGCUCAAUGCUGUCAUUCAAAAUUUAACUCUCACUCGGAUUCUAAGAGCAUUGUUAUGCUAGGUAACUUUUCUUACAAAGUCACAUGAUAAAAAUGUCAUUACCCUUAUAAAAUUUUUACCUCAGUUUAUGUUUUUUUGUUUUGAGGUUGUGCCAUGAGUGGCCUGAUUGCUGAUUCAAGAACAAUGGUUGACAAAGCAAGGGUGGAAGCACAGGUGAAGCCCAAAUAUCCACAUACAAAUUCUCAAGACAGAUUUCCAUACAUUUCCUUAAAGAAUUAUUGGAGAGAAAUUGUUCUACGAUCAAAGCAUCUGCCCUUUGAUUAUCAUUUCUUAAAUUGUCUCAUUUUUUUCUCUUGAUAGUAUAUUGAUACAUUUAGGAGAAAAUUGAUGAUGGAUUGAUGAUUUCAUUUAUUCCCAUAACUUUUUCUCUUGAUUGUGUAUUGAUUAUGUUAGGAGAAACUUGAUGAUGGAUUCUCUUGGAGUUUAAAGGGUUAAUGCACACUCCAAGCUAUUUUAUGUUGAUCUCGUUGCACCCACACUUCCUUUAAUUUCAUUAAUAUUAUGUUAAUUUUUUAUGAUGGUACCCUGCCUUUUAGAAUCACUGGUUUACGUACAAUGAACAGAUGAGUGUAGAAAGCGUCACACAAGCAGUGUCAAAUCUUGCACUUGAGUUUGGAGAUGAUGACGCAAGAGAAGGAGCAAUGGUAGGAAGUCCUUUGAUUUUCUUUUUUGAGUUAACAAAGUAACAUUCUACUUGUAUGGUCUUCCCUUUCAUCAGUAUAACCAUCAGUGCUAAUGGUAGCAGCUCAAAAGAUAAUGAAAUGCUGAAGCUGAUUUGAGUUAAACCUGUGACAAGACACUGCUCCAAAUUGCAGUUUUGACAUCAGUCUUUCUUUUUUCAUUGUUUUUUCCCUUAGAGUCGUCCGUUUGGAGUGGCAUUACUUUUUGGUGGAGUGGAUUCCAAAGGACCACAACUGUAAGAUUGCCUUCCAAAAGUUGCCUUUCAUUGUUUAUGUUUACCACAACUAGGGUGAAUGUGGCGAAAUGCUUGAGAAUUGAAACACAGUUAAACCUCUAUGCCUCUAAUCCCUCAAGCAAAACCCAAGUUUUCCCAGUCGAUGCCUUACAGUUGGAACUUCUUGUAAAGGACCACCUCUUGUAAGCAGCCUUGUUUUGAGGCUGACAGUUUAAAAAAAUUAAAGUAUUUUUUAUUGAUUUUUAACCUUGUAAGCAACCACUUGAUGCGUGUUCUGAUCUCUAUUUUCUCUGUAUAUACCAUGCUACUUAGAGAAGAACUUUUAGUGACAACAUAGAACUACAAGCCUACCCCGGAUAAUAUAUUUGAAAAUGACAUUUUUCUCUUUUUCAUUAUUCUCAGUUAUCACCUGGACCCAUCUGGAACUUUUUUCCAAUAUGACGCAAAAGCGAUAGGUAUACCAAGCACUAAAUAUCAACUGUUAAAUCCAUAACUUAUAUUUUAAGGGUUUAUAUUCUAAUAUGCUGUAAAACUGUGUUUGGUAGGGAUUGAAAUAAAUACUCAGAAACUACCUUAAAAUUUGAGUAGUUUUGUUAGUUGCAAGACAGAUGAAUAUCUUCAAGCACAACAUUUUGUGUGAGCAUAUCUCUAGUAGAAAUUUUAUGGAAGACUUAAAAAUGUCAUUGAAGUAUUGAAGUAUUGCAUUGGUUACUGGUUUAUGAAGUGCUUCCAGCACAUUUUAGCUACGUCUUUGUACUCUGCCUACUGGGGUGGGUAAGCAAAGAGGAUGAGUUCUAUAAAUGGGGAACUGAUUUUUCAGCUUGUUGUUUGAAAACGUUAUCCCAUCUUUUUGGGGAAGCUUACCUCUCAUACAAGAAAUAACUUGCUGUGAAAAACAUACUAGGAAAGCUUUGCUUUUAGAGUAAAUAGUUUAGUUUAAGCUGUGAAUUCUUGUUUGGAUAAUCAGUCUCAUAAUUUGGUUGGUGAUUUUGCUGAUGAAUUUGAACAAAUUACAGGUUCUGGAUCUGAAGGUGCACAGCAGGCACUAGAAGAAGUAUAUCAUAAGGUAGUGACAUUUUUUUGCACACUGAACAUUGUUGCUUGUGAUAUAUUUUAUUUCUGUUCAUUGCAGAAAUAAGAACAAUCAAACACAAAACUUGGGCUACAUAUACAGUCAACUCCUGAUAAUUUAAACCUCCAAGGGAAAUAGAAAAAAUUUCGAGUUAUUGACGGUAAAAUUAUAUGGAAAAUGAUCUGAAGGGAAAUUAAAAUUACUUCGAGUUAACAGGAGGUUCAAGUUAUAGAGGGUACAAGUUACGGGGAUUCGACCGUAUUUUAGUCAGUUUAGGAUAAAUUGAAGUGAAGGAAAAGUGAUUGAAUUUCUUCUGUCUAAUGAUUUUAUCUGUAAUUGAGUCGUGCAUUGCACAAA